GUACACAAAUUCUUUUCUGUAGUAAUAGUAAUCAAUUAAUUUUCUUUUUCUAGUGUUUCUUAUUAUUUGAUUAAUUAAAUAUAUUAAUAGUUCAUUUUAUAUCUUAAUCAUUCUAAAAACAUGUCGUGAAACUAUAGUGCUCAAGUUGAUGAUCAAUUCGCGCAAAGUUGACCGCGAUUUGCUUUCAUAUUGUUAAACGAAAAUCAAAGAAAUGUUGCUUUUAUGGGAUUCCAGAAAUAGACUAGACUAGACUAAGACUAAAAGUUAUCUGCUAAAGUUAUGGAAACAGAAUCGGUGAAAUCUGGAUUCAGUGAUCAAAGUUUAAGGUUAAAACCUCAUUCUAAACAUACUUCACGAUCAAAUUCAAACCGUAAUGGUUAUUCUCAUAAUCGUUCACUGAACAGAAGUGUAAAAAGUUAUCGUUCUGAGCGUGACAAUAUGUCUCCUUAUCAAACUGCGGUCACCAUAGAAGAUUCCAGAGGAGGACAAGAGGUGAUCGAAGUUCAAAUAUUGCCUCAAGAUGAAAAUUGGGGCGAAAACACAACUGCGAUCACCGGAAACACUUCGGAGCAAUCUGGUUCUGUUGAAGAUAUGGCCUUAUGGCCUGGUUCCGAAACUGACAGUGGAAUUAAAUUCUUCUGUCAUAGAUAUAUCACUUCUAUCGUUACUAUUGUUUUUUCCCUGAUAGCAUUUCUAAGUCCUUUAGUUAUGUUAAUUUUGCCAAAGAUUGGAUUUUUUCCUUCUGUCGUUGCUAAUUUAAAUGACCAACAAAAAGCUAUGUUGUUAUCAUGCCGUACCGAAUGUAAAGGAAUGAUGAUCACGCUGGUUUUCAAAAUGAUUCUGUUAGCUAUUGGAUCAUGGGCUAUAUUCUUAAGACGUCCGAGAUCCACUAUGCCGAGAAUAUUCUUGUUUCGUUCAGCGGUUCUGUUAUUGGUUCUGAUUUGCUGCGUAGCAUAUUGGCUGUUUUAUUUUGUACAAAUUACCGAAGGAGCAAGAGGAAUGGUUAAAGGAGAAGAUGAAUUGGAGUAUAAGACUUUGGUAUCUUAUGCAUCGAGCUUGGUUGAUACGUUGUUGUUUAUUCAUUACAUAGGAGUGAUCCUCAUCGAAAUAAAACAUCUACAGCCACGAUAUUACGUUAAAGUUGUACGUAGUCCGGAUGGUGAAAGUCGUUCUUAUGCUAUUGGUCAACUUAGUAUUCAACGAGCUGCUGUUUGGAUUUUGGAACGUUAUUACACAGAAUUCUCGAUUUAUAAUCCGUAUCUGGAACGAUUACCGGUGUCAAAAUCUAAGAAAUCCACGACCAGUUUCAAAUUCUACGAUGUUGACAAUUUUACAAACAAUACUCUUCAAAAUAGUCAAUCCAGGACCGUUUUAAAUGGACAUUCUAGACGACGUGAUUCUAGCCACAACGAACGUUUUUACGAAGAACACGAUUACGAGCGUAGAGUCAAGAAAAGAAAAGCUCGCUUGGUGACCGCUACCGAAGAAGCUUUUACCCAUGUUAAAAGAAUCAACCAUGAUCCUUCCGGUGGCAUGCCCAUGGAUCCGACUGAAGCAGCCCAAGCUGUGUUCCCAUCAUUGGCUCGAUCUCUUCAAAAAUAUUUACGUGUUACUCGUCAACAACCCAGACACUCGGUUGAAUCGAUUCUUCAACAUUUAUCAAUUUGCUUGAGUCACGAUUUAUCUCCUCGUGCAUUUUUGGAACCAUUUUUAUCGACUGCUCCCGUGUUACAGAAUGAAAAAGAACAAAAACCAAUUCAAAAUUGGUCAUUGAUUUGUAACGAAAUGCUCUCCAGACCGAUGAAAAAUGGUACUACUUUCCAACUACGCCAAAACGACGUUUCAUUACUUUGUACAAUAUACGAUCUGCCCCAUUUCAACAUCAGCGAAGAAAUUAUUCAUCCUAAAUCAAACAGAUUCUUACUCAGACUAAGUUCGGAAACAUCUGUUUGAUGUUUGGCCGCAAUUCGCCUAAAAGUAGCGCGUACUUCUCUUACGUUAUUCAAACGUAUUUGUACCGCGUUCCGGCGUAUUUUUCGAACAAACGGAAAAAAAUGUGAAACACUUACACGUAUUUGAAAUACUUGUCGUUUAGGUAAUUUCAAUGUAAAUUUCUCGAUUGCAUCGAUUAUUGUAUGUAUUUUUUCUCUGAGACGUAAUAUUACUCUAGUCAGUUUGAAAAAAAAACUACAUUUCUUUCUUUGAUUUUCAACGAUGUGCCGUUGUUUUACUUUCCUUUGAUUUGAUAGACUCUCUUCUUAUGCUUCUUCUUUCUCAUUUACUCUUUCAUAUCGUUCGUGUUGAUUUCAUUUUGAUCAAACUACAUACAUAUACGUAGACGUAUCUAUUUUGUAAUUUCUUGCUGUAACCUGUGACUUCCUAUUUUUAGAUAAACGCACAAUUUUUUCUCCUUUGCAAUAAGUAUUGUAUAUUUUACUUAGAAAAGUAUGUACUUAAAUGUAUUUUUAUCGUAUAUUUCCGACCAAUUUUUUUCUUUUAUUUUUUAAUUCGAACAGUAUUAUUUUUUUUGUCUAAUGAUAACAGUGCCAUUUUGUUUUUCUAUUUUUUUUUUUUUAAUUACCUCUUAUUGUUUUGUAUAAAGAUACAUAUCUGCAGUAUUUCUCAUCCUUUACGAGACUAUCCUAUGAUAAUCAUUUUUUUCUCCUAUUUUCCAAACAAUCAUUGUGUUAAGCUUGAGUAUUUUAUAGCUUAUUUUCGUGUUUAAAUUUACCUGUGCCAUGUUGCGAUCUUCCAGUAUGCAAUGUUAUCAUUCCUGGUUCCUUUUACGAAAUCUCUUAUUUGUUUCCUUAAGGUUUUCAGUUCCCAUGACAGAUUGAUUUGAGAUAUUGAAGGCAGCUGAGCUUUUGCAAAUUCUUCGUGUGCCGUUGGUUUUGAUCCUUGCUAUUGCAUUUAUUUUUUCGUUGCAUUUAAUUUUUAUCCUGUGUAUUUAUUUAUUUUUUUUCUUUUGUAUUUAUGUGCGGAAUUUUUACAUAUCUCGGAUGUAGGUGAAGUGUGUCUUUUGAAAGCAUACUCGACUUGUAUCAUUAAAAUGAAAUUGUAAUCAUAUCUUUAUAGUAUGAUAAGUUUUCAAUUAUAUUUUUUGGGGAAA